AUGGGGUCUGAUGAUUCGUACAACUUCGUCUUUAAAGUCGUUUUAAUAGGUGAGUCUGGAGUAGGAAAGAGCAACCUUCUGACUCGCUUCACCAAGAAUGAGUUCAAUCACGACAGUCGCACCACCAUCGGCGUGGAGUUCAGCACGCGGACUGUUCAGCUGGACAGCUUCAUCAUCAAAGCUCAAAUCUGGGACACAGCAGGGCUGGAGCGCUACAGGGCUAUUACCUCAGCGUAUUACAGGGGAGCGGUUGGAGCCCUGCUGGUCUAUGACAUUAGCAAGCACCUAACCUAUGAAAGUGCAGAGCGAUGGUUGAAAGAGCUGUACGACCACGCAGACCCUCACAUUGUGGUGAUGCUGGUGGGAAACAAGUCAGACCUGGAAAGCCUCAGGACGGUGCCUGCAGAAGAAGCCAAGGACUUUGCAGAGAAGAAUGGUCUUAUGUUCAUGGAGACAUCAGCGCUGGACUCCACCAAUGUCGAAGCUGCUUUCAAUGCAGUUCUCACAGCGAUCCAUAAGAAGGUUGCCAGCAGAGAGGUGACCCGUGGCUCAAUCAGUGCUGUGACCCUGUCCAGUCCCAUAGGACCCACCAGUGAGGCGCAGGAGGAGCGCAAAGGCUGCUGCAAUACCUCCUAA